AUGGAUCAAUAUUUAUUUCAUAUUUGGAGUAAUGACAGAAAAGUCAAAAAUGUAUUCAUGUGCAAUCCAUCAAUUGAAGCUGUUAUUAACAAAGAAAAUGAAUGGUUUUCAGCAGACUCGAAAGCUAAGCUUAUACAAUCUGAUAACGUACAAACUCCAGUUAACGAUAACAUAUCCGGAAUUUUAGAAAAUACUGAAUAUAUUAUUAUAGCUGAAAACGAAAUUACUAAGCAUUCCAGUCCUGCACCCUCAUUAGAUACGACAUUAUCUAUGAGUAGCACGGCUUUAUCAUCAAAAUCUGAAACAAAUUCGCAAGUUUCACGGUUGUUCUCACAGUUUAAAAUUCCCUGGAACAAAAUGCCACAUGACGUCUCAGAAAUGCUAGAAAACAAAAAAAAGCUAAAUAAAAGACUUACAGCUCUUGCCAAUGUAGUUGUGGACGAAUUAAGAGCUUUUUCAUUUUACAUCCCGAUGUCAGUCUUUCGAUCAGUAGCUCAGCAAGCAGCUGAUAAAUUUCCUGACUCAAUAAUUGAGAAAGAUGAAAAUGGUAAAUUUAUAUCUAAUGAACCAUUGGCUUUGAUUACAAAAAUGAAAAAUAGGAAUAAUACUUUAAAUCGUGCACCUAAACGAAAAAUACCAGAAAUAGAUUUAAAUAUUCCUUUGAAAGCUAGACGCAUCUCAAAUGUUCUUCAAAAAACUUGUCCUAAUUGGCAACCAAAGAAACACAACUCUGAAAAUCAUACUGCAACUUCUGCACAAUUCAAGCAGAAAUUUUUGCAAGAGAUGAGUAAAUGUGAAGAAAUAACGGCUGAUAAUUGUAAGAAAAUAGAGGAAUAUAUGAAAGAAACAUAUGCUGAACAAAGACUGUACUUAAAUAAUAGAGAAACCAAAAUUAAGGAAUUUUUACUAAACUGUAAAAACAAGGAUAUAAGAAAACAUAAUUUAGAGACUGAUGAAAAUAUUGUUUCAAACCUUGUGAGCUAUUUUAAAGAAGAUGUCAACUUUAUUUUCAAAAAAUUUACAUUUGGUACAACAUUAAAUACACUGAAGGAUGAGAUUCCUACAAAUACACCAUGGGCAGGCAUAGUCCAAACGGAUUUGGAGGGAGAUGCUUUAAUUUACAUUUUUAUUGAAAAGGUGCAAGUUAAUGUGUUUGAAUUUGUAAGUUCUGAUUUUAUCGGAAUGUUGGAGUUACUUGUUUGUUAUUAUUAUGUGCUUAACAUAAUAUUUCCCAAAGAAAUUUCGCAAUUUAUGGAAUUUUUUGUUAGAUACUUCCUUCAACAUUAUCCAGAUGGUGUACGAGGAAUAAAAAAAUCAAUGAACAGCUUAAAUAAAAUUAAUAGUUUAAUAGUAAAGCUUAGUUCACUUUAA